AUGAGUACCGAGCAGUUAUACGAGAAGAAAAUCGCCGGGAUUUUGACCGAUCUUCCCGGAUCUAUGAGCUCCCACCCGACCUCCAAGGAUUCCCCGACUCUACCCGAGUCGUCGGUGACGGACAUGGGCUACUACAGCGCGGCGCAGUCGGCCCACGGCCAUCACGAAUAUUACCAGAGCCAAGCGUACGGACAGCCCAUGAACUCUUACCAUCACCACCACCAGUUUAACCUGAACGGAGUGGGGGCCGCUGGAGUGUACGCCACGAAAUCAGAGUACCCUUACACGAACAGCUACAGACAGUACGGACAUUACAACAGAGAUCACCUGCAGGCAUCAUCUCCGAGCUCAGUCAAAGAGGAGCCAGAGCCCGAGGUCCGAAUGGUGAAUGGCAAACCGAAAAAAAUCCGCAAACCCCGCACGAUCUACUCCAGCUAUCAGCUCGCAGCUCUGCAGAGGCGCUUCCAGAAGGCGCAAUACCUGGCUCUUCCAGAGAGAGCCGAACUCGCAGCCCAACUGGGCCUGACUCAAACACAGGUUAAGAUCUGGUUCCAGAACAGGAGAUCCAAGUUCAAGAAGCUGUACAAGAACGGCGAGGUGCCCCUCGACCACAGCCCGAACGCCAGCGACUCCAUGGCGUGCAACUCCCCGCCCUCCCCCGCAGCGUGGGACAACAGCACCCCCCAAAACACCCCCCUCAGCAGACCUCAGGCGCCGCAGCCAACUCACAGCUCGUCGCCGCCUUACAUGGACGAUUAUAGCAACCACUGGUACCAGCAGGGAUCCCACAUACAGCAUCCGGGAACCGUGCACCACCCCGUCCCCCCACAGAGCGUGGGCGCUGUUUAUUAA